AUGGAUUCCGGCGGCAACAUUCAGGCCGAGGCAACCGACAACGUUAGGGCUUCCGGCCGUCACAACGACGGCGAUCCCAACGAGAAAGACCCAGUGAGCGAAUGGUCCAGAAGACUACCUGAGAGAUCUCUGGGACAAGAUGAGCGAAAUACAAAAGACGAAUACCGUGGCCUGGACGACUUGGUUCAGAACAUUCAAGGGUUUACCACCGUUGCCGGCUCUUCUAGAGCCGAGCUUCUGCAGUUCAUUAUCCUUAUGGCGCGGUUUGGAGACAAGGGCCCCAAGCACCCUGUCAAACUUCUCGACUUCGUCGAUGACAACGGCCACGAUAUGUACGAUUUUCCGAAGGAGAUGAACCACAAGUUAGCGGAUGUCGGCAAAAGAACCACAGCGCGCGUCAUCCGCCUCCACUGCUACCAACAGAACGUCGCCGACAUGGCUGAGGACGACUGGUCUGAGGACUCUCUCGAGUACCAGCAUAUGGCGUAUAACUGCGAGGGAAUCGACGAGUGCUUCAUGCUCUGGCACUCACUGGCAUUCCUCGGGGCCUCGGCCAGCAGUUAUCAAGAGUUGCUUGAGAAGGACCGGGAGGGGUCUCUCGACCUGCAUCAGGCUGUGUAUCAACACUACGAGGAGCAUCGUAAUGAAUUCCUCGAUCUCAAGAUGGUGAUGGACAACCCCGACAACUGUGUGGCAUAUCACCAGGGAGAACGUGGGACAAAGGCCAAGAUCAGGACCGAAAUCAGGAGACUCGUUUUCCAGCUCUACGCAAAGUUCUGGGACGAGUUCAGCGGCUUCAUCGUGACCACAACUCUCCCCGGCAACUCUCCAAAUUUCGCUCGGAGUUUCAACGCCGACAUCUGCAUCGUUGAUAACCAUACGACAACCAAAGAUCUCAUUUCGAUCAUCCGACAUCACAAACCUUCUCUGCUUUUGACAAUCGGGGAUCCACAUGGGAUUGCCCCUCAUGCGCGCUAUAUUCUGAGCCUCCGGGCUCUAACGCCAUGUUGGAGCCGCAAGCGCGCAGCGCGGGCUGUGCAUCUAAUGACGAACACGGCCGGAUGGCCGCCCACAGCUUCGUCGUCACCAAGCCGGAAAGCUUGA